AUGUCUACUCCCGUUGUUGAUGCCACCCCCAAUCCAUCCCGCCCGGCGACGUUCGUCGGUCGCAACGGUCAGGUUCUUCCGGUUGGCACUGACCAGUUCCAGUUCUACGGGUACCGGAACGGUCGUGAUGGAUCGGGGAUCGUAACUACGCAUAAGGCUAUGCUGGAAAAUAUCCGCAAGUUUCCGAACGCGCGCGGUAGAGGGUUCGAUGAGGAGGCAGAUGCUGUGGAGUGGGUGGACACGUUCAUCAAGGAGGAGCAUCCGAAACUGUUGCAGGCCAACUGCGCUCGGCUGGCAUUGGUAGAGGGUCAGCUGGCCGAUGCGCGUCGUCGUGCGAAUAUCUGA